CGCCGUUGCUCUGCUGUCACGUUAGGGUUGCUUUGGAAACCGCGGCUUCGGUUUAGGUUGAUGAAUUUCUUGAAACUACUGCAACUCUGGCACUCUGCGAGCACUACGACUGGACCAUCAUGGGCAUGUGUCUGGGACCUUGAUGAGCCAUGUGGAAGCAUUGCGUCCGACUGACGGAGACGGCGUGAGGACAGGAAGCUGCAGGAAUGAUGGACGACUCGAAAGAUAAAAGGGUGCUGUCUGCUCGCCCCUGAGCAAAGGAGAAGAGACAUCAAUGCCCGAGUCUCAUUCAACGAUUCUCAACAAAUAUUAUCACAAGUUCUCAGCCGCCUCAUCCCGCGCAAUUUUCAGCCCAUCGCACCGGCAAAAUGGUUACCACCAAGAUCCUCGUCGCCGCCAUGACCCUGGUUCUCCAAGUUUCCGCUGUCCCUUCCACCCUGAAGCGCCAGGAGUGCGGCACCGAGUACGCCGAGCUCGUUCUCAACGGCCCUUGCGUUGGCGGCCAACUUGCCUGCGAGUUCUGCUGCCCGCAAAGCUACGAUGCGACGGCCACCAUUGACCACUGCCACGCUGGCCACGCGCCUUACAACUGCGCGAACGGCUAUAAGGAGUGGCAUUGCGAAGAGCACCAGCACUAGGCGGUGGCGGAAGCAAGCUUUUACCGGCAGCCACGAACCACAUGCCGUCCCUCCAUUGUCAACACUGUCAAGACAAUGGCGCAGGUUCAACACACUGCUUUGAUGAUUGGGGAGCGUCAAAUUAGGUUCGAGACUUGGGGUUUCCAUGGAAACGUUUCAUUUUUGUCCAUUCGCUAUG